GCCGUGUCAGUGAUCAAUGUCAUGACUUCCUCCGCGGGCUGGAGCCGCGGCAGAGCGCAGCUGAAGGAAGCUGAUUGCUGCGGGUGCGAAUUGGCUGGGAACAAUACACACACCCACACACCCGCACGGGCGGACAGGCACCCGCACACACGCACCCGGGAGCACGCACACACACGGGAGCACACACCCGCUCGCACACAGACCCGCACACGCAGGCACACACCCGCGGGCGGACACACACGCACACGCAGCCCGCACCCUGGAUCCCGCGCCGCCGCUCCGCGCCGGGGGGGAAGAUGAGCUCGGGGGACGUGGUUUGCACUGGAUGGCUCAUCAAAUCACCCCCCGAGAAGAAACUCAAGAGAUACGCGUGGCGGAGGCGCUGGUUCGUGCUGCGCAGAGGCCGCAUGAGCGGGAACCCAGACGUGCUGGAAUACUACAGGAACAACCACUCCAAGAAGCCCAUCCGCAUCAUCGACCUCAAUGAGUGCGAAGUGCUGAAGCACUCGGGGCCCAACUUCAUCAAGAAGGAAUUUCAGAACAACUUUGUCUUCAUUGUGAGGACCACCUACCGCACCUUCUACCUGGUAGCCAAGACUGAGGAGGAGAUGCAGAUCUGGGUGCACAAUAUCAGCCAGAUCUGUAACUUUGGACAUCUAGAAGAUGGCACAGGUUCCGUGGAGAGCCUGUCCCACACCACCUCAUCCCCGCAGCCGUCACCGGCCGCCUCCACCCACGCCUCCCGCAUCGCCGACCCCUCCUUCUCCGUCGACGCCGCUGCUGCCGACGCCUCUGCCACGGAGGAGACUCCCAGUGAGUCAGGGUCAGUCUUCCUCCCCGACUACCUCUUCCUCUCCAACUGCGAGUCGGGCAAGCUCAGCCACAACAGGUGUGACAGCUGGUCAAAUUCAGACAGAUCUCUGGAGCAAACUUCAUCGGACGAUGUUUUUGUUGACUCCUUGCAAUCCCAGCCCUCCUUGUACCUUGUACAGCCAACCAGUGCUGGCACUGUGCACCAGGACGGGGCCCCACUGGCAAAUCCCAGCACCGUGUCCAGGAACAUAGACAUUAGUGGGCCAUCCAGUGACUUUUCCUCCUCUUCUCCCCUGCUGGGGACGCCGCUGACACCAACCUUUCAGAUUGACAAGAGCCAAAAUGCGCUGCCCUACGGUGUAACCCAGCUGGACAUCCUGUCCAACACGCCUCCACCACGGCCCCCCAAACCAACCCACUUCUCAGACAGGAGAGGGGAGGACGUGGGCGGUGGGGCCCUCCAGAACGGGCACGCAGGGAUCUGCAGGGCUCAGGUAGCUCUGGUGCCCAGGAGGAUCUCCCUGUCCAGCUUAGACAACAUGAGGAACUGGAAAGCAGACAUGGAAGGCAGUUCCUUAAGAAGUCGAGAUAAGAGGCUUAGCUUGAAUUUGCCCUGCCGGUUCUCCCCACUCUACUCGACGGCCUCGGACGGUGCAGAGGACAGCUACGUGCCCAUGCGCCCCAGCACCUCUCCCUCCGCGCCCGGCUCCGACUGUUCCCCUGAUGGCUACAUCCCCAUGAGCCCCGGCUCGGCCACCUUUACCUUCCCUGUCGUCAGCACUGAAAAACUCACCAGCCCGUUACCUGAGCUGCCCUCGGACGUGGAGCCCCCUCCAGUGAACCGAGACCUCAAGCCUCGUAGGAAACCACGGCCACCUCCUCUGGACUUGAGGAACCUCUCCACAAUCCGGGAGCAUGCUGCCGUGACCAGGAUGUGGACUGUGCCUUACAAUCGAAUGAGCUUUAUCUCACCAGAAAGAGACGGUAUUAAUUCAGCAAGAAUAUUUGCCAAUUCAGUUUCCGGAGAAGAGGAAGAAAGUUACAUUCAUAUGGAACACAGACAGGCAACAUCUCCAUACAGUGGUGCUUUCCCAUGGACAAGGAAAUCUAACCUUGAUUACUUAGCACUGGAUUUUAAUUCUGCUUCCCCAUCCCCUGUGCAGAAGAAACCUUUUCUGUCUGAGGAACAGAGGGUGGACUAUGUCCAGGUAGAUGAACAGAAAACUCAAGCUUUACAGAACACUAAGCAGGAAUGGACAGAUGAAAGACAAUCAAAAGUCUAAAGGAAGAAGAUAUGGGAUCUGGAAGAUUUAUUUUUUUUUGCACUGGAACCACAAUGUUAAUGAAGCAGCUAUCACAGUAGAGUUCAAAGGCAGAGAGAGUUGUAAGAUACUUACAAUCUGUAGAGGCAUUUUUACUGGAAACCUUUGAUUUCAGCUGGAAAUAGUAUGUUGAGUGAGUGAGUGGUUCACUGAUGAUUAAAGUAAUGCAUUACCCUUUCUACUGCCCUUACCACUAAGCUACAUGGUACCAUUUUCUGGCAUGAUUCUGCGACGAGUCAUACACUUAACAUUAACAAAUCCACUACAAGUUGCAUUAAUCUAGUUCGUCCUGCCUUCUCCCUCAGUUGCAUAAUUCCUAGUUGCUAAAGCUAUUUUUUAAUAUUCCUACAAAUACUGCAGGUGCUUGGAGUGCUUUUAUGGCAGCGGGCAUCUGACAGGUAUUGGUGACUAAUCAACUAAGGGCUAAAAUACUGAAACAAUAAAAAGAACUUUUUGAAUA